AUGAGCGGCUGGCUGCUCAACCUACUGGCAAACACCAAGAUCCUCGUCGACAGAGUUAGAGUUACCUUCCUCUUCUUUUCCCACCUACUCCUUCUUAACAUCCCACUGAAAAACGUCCGGGUGAAAAAUAUUUCCUUCGAAUUCGAUUUCAUAAAAAAAAUAAUUUCUUUUUUCACAAAAAAAAAAAAAAAAAAAAAAACACACAAAGCAAACAAAGCAACAUCAUGGGGGAAGAAGGAGAUCCACGUCGAGUCCCUAAGCUGUACACUCGAUUGGAAAGCAAACAAAGCAACAUCAUGGGGGAAGAAGGAGAUCCACGUUGAGUCCCUAAGCUGUACACUCGAACACAAAGCAAACAAAGCAACAUCAUGGGGGAAGAAGGAGAUCCACGUCGAGUCCCUAAGCUGUACACUCGAUUGGAGAGAGUACGAAGAGUACAACUUGCAUCACAACACCUAUGCGAGGUUACUACACGAAUCGCUUCAGCAAAAGAUUGUUCAUUUCAUAUGGAAUAAAUUACUACGCCUUUUUUUCGAAGCCAUUUUUAAGCACUACUUUUUACGGGUCGGCAAGCUGUGUGUACACAUUCGCUACCGCCAUGCACACACACAUGAGGAGCUGUGUGGGGGUGGUGAUAAGUGUAACACCAAGAGGAGCACCACCUACCACUUGACCCUUUGUGACGUUUGCCUUUUUCUCGACCACUAUGGAGGGGGGACUAGUAUACAUGUGGGAGUUGGGGACAACCCAAACGGCCAAGUCACUCCGGACAAGCGCAAGGACCAUCUGUCGCCCCACCCCCCGAGCCACCUCCGGUGCAGAAAAAUAUACCUGAGAAAGGAAAACGAGCAAGCCAACACAUUUCUCGUGAAAAAUGUCUUCUUUUUUGUUAAGGAUAGGAGGCUGUUUGUCUCCCUCUUCUACUUGAACGCACAAGUGUGCGAACUGAAGGAAGUCUUCUACGCAUGGGGGAAGAGGCAACCAAGGGACCACUUCGUAAAAGACUUGAUACAGGUCCUCCAGAGGAACAGUCUACAACACUCCUCUAUGUGGAACUUCCUCCACAAAAAACAGGCCAGCAUAUCCCCCCCCUUGGCUUCCUCAAUUGCCUCAAAUGUAGGGGUCACUUUUGGUGCAGAAUUUUUUUCAAAUUUUUUUUUUCUCUUGGACACCCUCAUUGUUAAGCUGCAUGUGGGCAGCGACAUAGAAGUGCGAACGACGGGACGAAAAUUAACAUUUGAGACCCCCCUGGGGGGUGCUGACCCGUAUAGAUGUACACACCCAUGGGAGAUGUUUUCCCUUUCAGUAGAAUCCCUCCUCACGUGGACAGAAAAAAAUGUAAUUUGUAUUAAUGGGACGCAGGAUGACAAGCUCCUUUGUGAUGUCCCUCUUGAGGAUGAUCUGCACAAGUGUCGUGACACAUACAAUGCGAACGAUGUUGAAGUGGUGCAUUGUAUAACCUCCCCGUUGUAUACAACAACACAUGCACAAAACGUUCUGCUGCGGGAGGGAUGUAAUAGGUACCGACUGAGUCUAUACAACUCAUGUGUAAUAAUACACCUCGAGGAGUUACUAACCAUACAGAGCAGACUAAUCAGUCUUUUCGGGGCCGGCUUAGGGUUACGAGGAGGACAUGCUAGGGACAAGUUCAAGGGAGUUAUUGCCUCCCCAACGGAAGCAGUCCUCAUGUCACUUUUUCACUUUACCGUUUAUGUAAAUAAAAAAUUGAACAAGUCAGUCCUGUUGAAGAGUACGCCAAAUGAGAAACCUCGAGAGGAGGAGCUACCCUACGGCAUGUCUACCCAGCAGGGAACAGAAGGGGUGCUCAAACUGGAGGUGCAAAAAGUGACUAAUCAUGCGGUUAGGGAUCACCCAUGCGAGAGUAACCAGGGGGGAAUGUUCAACACAGAGCAGCAUGAACAUGUACAUGUGGGCAGUAUGUGUAAAGGGAGUCCCCACUUUUACCUGAACAAAGUCAUACUAAAGUGGGUAUAUUAUAAACAGGGGGUGCUUUAUGAGUACGCCAUAAGUGACCACAUGGACAUCACCUGUAAAAGAGAGAGGAAGCAGGAGGGAGGAAGACUCUCUUCAGUGACGAUGGUCUAUGCAGCAGUGUCAACAUGGUACCUACUACCAGAGCAUGUAAUCUUUGUGCAGGACUUGUACCUGCUGUGUUGCCAACAUGGAAGGAGAAAAAAACGGUUCCCUGUGAGGGGAACAUUAAUGAGGCGCACACUAAUGACGACCACAUUAAUGAGGAGAACAUUACUCAGGAGGAACAAGAAAAGACGUGACGACACCACCAGUACACAUACCCACUCCAACAGUUAUAUAAUCCUAACCUUUAAAAAUUGCCUAGUACAUUUGUUCUGCAUUUCGCGCAAUUUUUAUAUAUAUAGGAGAGUCUGUAAAUACAUUGGUCAUGCAGAUAUGAAUUUAUUAAAGGGGGUCACCAAAGAAGGUCCUCCCUUGUCCAGCAUCAGUGUGACGUGCAAUUUUUUGUACCUCUUGAAUUUCGCCUCGAAGGAAGAAUCGUCCUCCAAGCAAAGUAGGACGUGUGGAAGUCACUUCUAUUUGAGCAACGUGGGCGUACAUGUGAGGGAACUGCCGAACAGGCUGAAUCAGGUGUGCGUCUUUAAGAGGGGCACGGUACCAUCGCAAAGGGUACCAUCCCGCAGGGCCUCAUCGCAAAGGGGCAAAAGUGAACCGCUGCGCCAACCCAAUAGCCGCUACGAUAUUGUCGUCUGCUUCAGAAAUAAAAAGGUGCAUGUGGAUAUGCGCAAUGUCGCGCGCGUGACCUUUUGCACAUUUGUUAUGUACGAGCUGUACGCCGCUCUACUUAGGAUGGUGAACGGAGUCGACUGGGGGGGAGGCGUGAGCAGACAACCAUGGGGAGGGGACAAAUCAAACAGAUUGUUGCAGGUCGGGAUGAAGGGAAGUCGAGGCAGAAGACGUGUUUACCAUUUCCUCCCACGGAGAAGAAGCACCACUCAGAUGAGCGAAAGCUGCUUCGCAGAAGGAUCACCCACCCUGUGUAACUACCAAGACGAGGAAGACAAACUUACACAGGGAGAGGCACCUAAGCAACCCAUCCCUCUUCCCUCCAAAAAAAGAAUUAAGCAAAUAAUUCAGUCACGUUGUAACAAACGCAAGCUGGUGAAGUACCAACUCCAAGUAGAUAUAAAGAGCCAAGUAGCCUUCCUGUCGGCUGACCAAGUGCGUUCCAUGCAUGAGUUACAAAAUAUUACAAAUGAUGAACUCAGGAGAAGUGAAUAUACUUUAUGCCUAGAGGGACGGUUGUCUUUCCUGUACUUCGAUCCCCUCCACAGGGAACAUAUAAAACGCUACAACUUUCUGCAGCUUCAUUUGGAGGCUCAUAAGGUGAAGGUCCGGAAGAGGACCCAUUCGAAAAAAAACUUUCAGCUCUUCCAUUUUGAGCAGAGAAGAUUUUCCCAUCAGGGGAGUCUCCCCUCACCGGACGUUUUCUCUCCUUCAUUUUACAAGCUUUUUCUUGCUCCACAAAGGAGCCGUACGUUGGGUGGCGACGCGGGACGCUACUUCACCGUGGAGGCAACUGUGAGGAAUGUGGACGAAGUGAUGGACUCCCCCACUCGGGGGGGCAGAAAGUACAACUCAGAGACGCUCAUCAGAGGGAGGGGCCUACGGAUGAUUUACAAAACGAAUGACUUCUUUUUCUUCCUGAACAAGUACCUUCUAACCGACGCAUGCUACCUCUUCUCGGUGAGGCGAGCCAUGGAGGAGGUGAUGGUAAACCCUGUAGAGGGCCGCUCGGAGGAAUGUAUGCACAGCGAGAGUGCCUACCUGCACUUCUGCAAAGCAGAGGUGGCAGACCCGUUCAUUCUCCGAAACAGCAUUGCACGGAAGAGACAAGAAGGGAGCCACGUGGACAAAACAAAACAGACGCACUACCUCGGGUACAAAGUCAAAAGAAGCGAAUUGAAAACACUUCCAGUCAGCCUGAACAAAUAUCAACUCGUUCUAAACAAAGUCAUUCUCUUCCUUCCAUCCAUGACGAACAACAGAAAUUUCCUACUAGCGAAAAACGAUGUAGUUGUAAGAAACCACAUUGAGGUGAAAAAAAAAAAAAAAAAAAAAAAAAAAAAUUGA